GGGAAAAAAAAUAUUUUUAAUCCGCGACGGGCCAGCAGCGACGAGGGCGACUAUUUUUGAUCACCGCGUUAGUCCCUCGGAUCUCGCAUUCGUUGCUGCUCAAACAUUUCAUACUUAGAAGUGCCGGACGAGAGAAUUGUACUCUGUAUAAUUUCCUCUUUUUUUCUUAACUCUCCGUGAUACUCUAUCGAUAAUAAACAUAAUAGUGUUCGGUGUUUAAAAUAAUAGUUUUAUUUUUCAAGUGGCUGCAGUGAAACGGGACUCGAAAAUCGUCCGAAACACCCGGACGAAAACAAACUUGAUGUGAGUUGUUUUUUUUUUUUUUUUUUAAUUUUUAGAUAGGUAUACAUUUUUUUUAAUGCAUUUUUAUUGUAUAUUUUUUUUUCGACUCGUUACAAAUCAAAAGUGUAAAAAUUAAUUUUCCUUUGGAAAAUACCUAUACACACUGUAGGUAUACGUAAUAUAUUGCGGGAAAAUAAUAAUGCUUACUUACUUUAUUUAUUUGUUUUGCAUAAUAAAUAUAUUAUUUUAUUAAACUAAUCAUCUUUCGGAUGUAAAUGUAUUGGCCUUAUGCUACAAAUUAUAUUAUAUUAUACCUAUACCUAUGAAUUUGAAAAUUUUUUCAUAUUCAUAGGUAAUAUAAAAAAAAAAAAAAAAAUGAUAUUUUAAGUAGAUACAGGUAAUUAUAGGUAUGGUACUUAAUUUAUUUUAAAAAAAAAACAACGAGGUAAAUUUUUUAAUUUUAAAUGUAAUAGGUAUUAUAUUAUUAUAUUGCUCAUUUAAUAUUCGAAUAUAAUAUACAUCGUGAUUGAUGAUGCAUUUUUAUAUUUUUACAAAUACCUAGCUACAUACUUAACUGUAUAACUACAGGUACCUAUCUACAUUUUUUUUUUUAUUUAUUUAUUUAUUUUUUUUAUUCGCUCUAUAACGAUUCGUUAAAGGUUAAAAUGAAUUGAUUUUGUUCGUUAACUGCGACUACUGACGCGGGAUAAUAAUAAUAUUUUGUUUAAUAAUUUGCCAAUAAUUAGAAUGAUUUCGUUUCCUUACGAUUAUAUUGGUGUACACAUAGGCAUAUAUAGUGUCACAAUAUUAUGUACAAAUUCCGAAUAGUUUCAACUGUCUAUGUCUAGAUAAAUAGUAACUGUAACGUGCAAUUUGAAUUAUUAUUCAGAAGGCUUAGUGUUUACACAUAGCGUGUGCACGUCAAUUAUUCCGCGAGGGGAACAUAAAUAUAAAAAAAAAAAAUAAAAAAUAUACAGUGUAAUAAUAUGAUGUGGGCAAUUUAGCAAUUAUUUUAACGUUUGACCUAAAAUUAUAAAUUUGUACGGCGAAACGUACAAUUUCACGUGCCGAAAACAAUUGGCACAGGUCAUGUAGAAAUAUCAUUUUACAAACGGCAGACUUUAAAAAUACUAAAACCUAGAAUCAUUUUUUUUUCACUCUGCAUAAAAUAUAUCUCCUAUGGCAACUUACCAAUAACAUGUGUUCCAUAAAAAUAUUAAUGGUAUUUAAACUAUAUAAUAAGAGGUGAACAGAAAUGUUUAUUUUCUGGUUCUCGCGCGGCGUUCUUAUACGUUAUAAUAACGAUCGUUUUCCCCCCAAAAAAAAUUAACUGUACCUACGAUUAAAAAUUGAUUGAUUUAAAAAAGAAAAGAAAAAUAAUGAAUUUUCUAAAACGAUUUACCUAAUUGUAGGUACCUGUAGUUAAUCGAAUACGACGUGUCUUCUGAAAAUGUCGGAGUUUCAAUUUUUUUUUUUUUAUUAAAUUCGUCAUUUUUUUUAUAAUUUUUUAAAGUUUAGAAAAAAUAACACACGGACAUGCUUCCCACGAUGCGUGGGUCACUGUUGUAGGUGAAAACUCGGGAAGGUAGAGGGGAAAUUUAAUCCACAUCUAUACGCAAAGAUUAAUCAUUGCUAACGAAAAACGAUUCGGAGAGAGUUCGGUUAUACACGUUUUGAAAGACUAUAAUAUUUACGAUUUUAAAUUAAUACAUUUUAUACAUUUGCCCUCCCCCCCCUCACACGUUGAUUAUGAAAACCCUUGGGAAAAUCAAUAAAUUACCACCCCGGUCAAAUUUCCAUUCUAAAAUUGUUGCGGCUUCUAAUAUUACGUUCGAAUGUUAUCUACGCGUGGGAACAUUGUUAAUAUAAAGUUUCGGCAGGCGCAAACAAUGGAAACUGUCGAAACGCCUAAGGUAGGUACCGUUAUUGUACCUAGACACAGUACAAUAAUAUGGGAUGCGGGCACGCGUAAUCAUCGGUGACAUAAUUGUACAAAUAAAACGACGGUUUUCGUUGCGUACGAAAACAUUGUUAAAACGGCAAUAAUAAUAAAUAGUAACGAACGUGUCGAAAUAAAAUGAUCAUUUUUUCGUCGGAUAUCCAGGGGGGAGAGAGAAAACCCGUCGAAAUGGCGACCAUUCUGGGACCAGCGGGGAUUUCACGGGGGAAAAGUGUAGCGCCGGGGGUACGUACACUACGAACUGCAAUAGUUUAGACGAAAAUAAAAUGAUAACGGCGUGUAGGCGACCGGGGGACAUGCGGCGGUUACACCGUAAAGCCGUAAUUAAUAGCGACGGCGAUAAGUAAUAAUAAAGCGUACGUCGUGGAAUUAAUUUUAAACGUAGGUACCGAUAAACAAUCAUGAUAAUGUUAUUAUAAAUUAUUAUUAUUACCCAUAGACGGGUACGACCUGCGUCGUAACAAUUAACACGCGACUCGUCGGCCGUCCCCCGCGCACGUUUCAAUUUCUUAUCACAUUGCACCGAACGCGUUAUUCCGUUCGGUUCGUCGCAGCCACUUUCUCGAAAUUCGUAUUUUGUCAUUUUUUUCGCGGCUGUGACUUUAUGACGCGCGCGCGGAUAGAGCGGACUCGGCUGGCGGGUACCGGUCGAACGAACGGAAUUUCACGCGUCCGUGUUUUGCACAAGUGUUUUCUUUUUUCUUCGCGCCGCACACGUUCAAUGUUCAAAAACAAUUGGAUGGUAAGCAACUACGAACUAUAUCACCGACGGUGAUAACCGAGUCUUAUCGUUGUUAUAGAAUUGUUCGUGACCAAAACGGUCCGACUCGAUAGUUUGGCGUGAGCACCGCUUUUCUAUUUUUCCCCCUAGACGGUUAAUAUUAAAUAUUCGGUACAGUUAAACGAACAAAUUGUGUUUGUCGAUCGAUUCAGAACGAUGUAAAUCGCGCAUAAAUGAGUUUUCGGGCUCUCCCGAACAAUAGUGCAAUUCGGUUUUUGGCGCUGCUUACGCCGAAAGCCUGCAGACUUGUUUCACUCGGGCGAUAGUACCUACUCGGGAUAUUACCCACGGGAGAGAAAUUACCGAACGUCGGGGAGAAAAAUAAAAAAUGUAAAGCGGCAUUACGAGACAUUAACGGGAAAACGCGCAGACAGCCGCGUACGCUGCCGUGUGCUGGCGAUAUCGAUAAUAAUAUUAAUAAGAUAAAAUCGUGACCGAGAACAAUCGAUUGGGGAGACCGGACCGCCGACCGGCACGGCGGCGUCGUGACGUCAGCGACCGACAAUCAGAUGCGCGACGGGCGGCCCGGCCGGGGUGGGGAACGAACCGGCUUCGUUGAUAACGGACGCCGUGUGUUUUACGUAAAACGUUCCGAUUGGCCGCCGCUCCGUCCGGUAGUCGUCCCGUCUCCGUCGCACCUGCAACGUAUACCCCGACGGCCGUUCCGUCGGUCUUUCUUUUCUUUUUUCUUGGUUUUUUUCCCCCGCGCUUCUUCCGCGCUCUCAAACACCCCCCUUCCGUCGUUACCAGUCGGGUUGGAAUCGUCGCUACCGCCACCUUUACACGCCAUUUACUACAGUAGUACAGUGCGUUUUACAAAAAAAAAAAAUUCUAUUGCAUUCAGCGUUACGUACGUACUCGUCAUAAUAAUAAUAAUAAUAAUAAUAAUAAUAAUAAUUUGCCGUACUGGCAAAUCAUUUUUUUUUUUUUUUUUCGGUGUCUACAACAUCAUUACUUUUGUCGUUAUUCGUAUCUUUCGUCGUUCCGAUUAAAAUAUCGCGUACCCGUUCCGCAGUAUUACAAUAAUAAUAUUUGCCUACAGUGUAUACACAUUAUAUAGAGGUAUAUAAUAUUAUUAAUUCACAUUGACGUUGAAAUUUUUACGCGCGCGCGACACGUCAAUCAACUGAUUUCGCGGCCCGUACACCACACGCUAUAGAUAUAUAAAUCUUAUGCCGCAAUGCUGAGACGCUAAAGGUUUGUAUCAUAUAUUGUAAUUAUCGACUCUAAAAUGUACAUCCAACGGUACUGUCUACACGCCGACACGGCAAUGGUCGUAUGUUACCUUUACCCAUUACGGUUCCGAAACGUUUAAAACAGUGUACGCCACCAACGUCAUUACUAAUCGUCGCUGCUUUCUGUAAAUCAUAUUUCAACAUAAAUACCUCGUGGUCAAUGCGUUUCUUUCGUUUCACCUUUUGAGUAGGUCGUUGACAGUAACCAAAUAUAAUAUCACGGCCCGUAGGAAGGUGCACGGUACAGGCAGUAACUGGGUGUAUGUACAGUUAUAAAUACCUUUGAUAAUCUGAACUAGGUACAUUGUGGAUGCGAUAGAAUAUCUAGUCUAGGUCAAUAUACAUUGUCAUGGUGUUGUCCCAAUUUUCGUUGACACUAUGUACACAUUACAUAUGCAUGACACUUGUUAGACCAAAAUUAAAAAUUUUGCAUAUCUACUCGUUAAUCCCCCUAACGUUUAUUAUCUAAUAAAAUGUACUAAAUCUGGCAUGUACUUAAUAUUUUAAGGAUAAAAAGCGUAUCAGUAAAUAUGAUAAAUAGAGAUUAAUAAAUUGUGUAAGCAGUAGACUAAUUAUCAAGGCUAACAGUUUUUAUCUGCAUGUAGGUAGCUAAUUUUAUAAUGCAAAUGCAAUUUUUAUAAUGUAUAUUAAAUGAGGGGUUCAUAUUAAUAAAGUUAAUUAUGAUAUUUUGUUCAGUAGUUUUUAGCCUUGUGAGCAUUAAAUUUUAAAAUUUUAAUAAAACACUCAUGUACCUAACUUACCUAUUACCUAGCAGUUAAAUAUUAGGUUUUUUGAAGAAGAAGAAUUCUAUGAUAUUACCAAUCAUCUACAUUACAAAUAAUUAACAAAUGUUCUGAUUUGUUUAGGUAUGUUUUAAAAAAUAGUUAUUGGACUGUAAUUGUUUAUUUUGCACAUAAGUGUGUCAACAUUUUUGUAUUCAUUAUUAUAAUUUAUUAUUUAUAUUAUAUUAAUUUGUAACUUCUUCAUUAUUUUGAUUGCAAUCAUAGUAGAGUAUCAACUCCAUAUUUGAUUAUUGUCUUUAAUAUAUUAAUUAAUUUUUCUUUAAUCAAUAUUUUUGUUUGUGUAGUCGUAUAAGUGUUUAUAAUAAUUACAGAUUAUCAGUUAACAAAAUGUAUGUACCUAAUAUUUUUGGAAGGAUUAUUAUUUUAUUUAAUUAAAAAUCAAUCUAUACGAGUGUUAGGAAUAGGUACCUUCUUAUAUACAUUUCAGUUAAUACUUACAUACCUACCUAGUACCUAUUUAAGAUGUAAAUAAGCAAAAAUCGCUAACCAUCCGUAAUAUACAUGUAUGUUACGAAUUUUUAAAUUACUUAGUAAAAAUUAAAGUAGUUUAAAACACUAUGUGGGUACCUAUUUAGACAACUUUAGACUUCAUGGAUUAAUAGGUACAUUAAUUAUUUUCACAGAUUAAAAAUCAAAUAUUUAUUGUUAGUAUUUGUAUUACUAUUGUACUCCGAUUUUCUUUGAUCCAUGAAUGUUUUAGACACUGUUGUUUUAUGUAUGUUAAUUUAUUUAUUUAUUUUCAGAGGAUAUACAAAGGAUCACUGUGAAUGUUAUAUUAAAGGAUCAUUAUUUUAAACCACCAAGCCGUCCACAAUGGAGGACGCCCACGCGAAAACCGUGGAUGAAGUAAAAAACUUCUUCAACGUAGAUCCAGAAAAAGGUCUAACACCAGAUCAAAUAAAACAAUAUCAAGCCAAAUAUGGACCAAAUGGUAUGUAUUAUAAAUUUAUAAAUGUAUAGAUAGGUACACCUAUGUGUUUCAUAAUUCCCUUUUGCCUUUGAACAUUUUAUGGCAUCCUUGAUGGUGUCUUUUCAAAAACAUACUAUAGGUAGUUAAAAUAUAACUAAAUCGUACUUAAGAAUAAAUAAAAAAAAUAUAACAAAUUUUAACAUCAUAUAUUUUAAUCAUAACAUUUCAAUACAGCAGGUUUUUAUUUAUAUUUAAAAUGGUUAACUUUAUAACAUAUAUUAUUCUGUCAAUUGUGCUGUUUUAAUAAACUAAAUUUCCCUUUUUAUUCCCUAGUUAUUGAUUCUUGAAGUUUGCCUGUUACCUACUUAAGACAUUUUUUUAAGAUUGUACAUAUUCAAAUAUGUACUUAAAUAAUUAUUUAUUGAACAAUUAUAACAUUUUUAUCUUACAGUUUUGAUUUUAAAUUAACCAAAUUCAUCUUAAAUAGCUUAUAUUUGAAAUAUUUUAUUUUUUAACAAGUGCAUUCAAUAUUUUUAGAUUAUUAUAUAAAUUAAAAUUACUUUCUUAACUAUUUGUCAUUAUAAUUUGUUGGCCGAUUUCAAAUAGAUACCUAAUUUAUUGAUUCUUUUAAAAAAUACUUAUGGGACCAAUGGAAAAUUGCUACUUUACAUGUAAUAUGGUAACACUGUAGUUACAUUUCUAAAAAUAUGAGUAGCUUACUUUUUUUGUUGGAAAAAAAAAAAGGAAUUUCAUUGACUUUUUCAUACAUAUAAAAUUUAGUACCUUAAAUAUUAAUUCUUAAAAUUAAAUUGAAGUAUUCCUAAUAUAGUCAAAGAAAGCUCUUUAAAGUCAUUCAGAACUGAACUCUUUUUGAUUAUAAGUCAAAUUUGUUUGUCCUGGCUGAGUAAUGAAAAUAUUCUUUUGAUCAAAAAAUCUCUUUAAGUUACAAAAUUUGCUCUAUUUUCAUAUGAAUAAUAUUUAGUACUGGUGCACAAUACGCUACCAAUAUCGCUACAGAAGAAUAGUACUCUACUUUUAACCACUGAUAGUUUUAUAAUACUGUUUCAUCAAUGUUCCAGAGUUUUUUGUUGAAAUUUCCUUUAAAAAAAAAAAUAAAAUUACACUGAACAUGAUCAAAAUAUAUAAUUUAAAUAUUUGUUAGGUAUUUAUUUCAUAAAUAUGCAACACUUAUAAAAAUCAAUUAAACUGUUUAAUUAGCCUUUUGAUACCUAUCAUCUAAUAAUGUUUUUUUGUCAUUUUUGGGACAAUAUUACCUAACAGUUACCAAGCAAUUAUUAUUGCGUAUCUCAAUUUACCAAAAGUACAUUUUUUAAAAAUUUAAUUGGUGUAUAAUGAUAAUUAUAAAAUAUGACCAAAUGCACUCAUAAUUUUUUAUUCAAAACUUUUAAUCCACAAAAUUAAUGUUUUUAUGAAUAAAGUUUAACAAGUUUUAAUAUUUUUUAUACUAAACUUUAUGUUGUGAAUCUACCAGUCAUUUGAAUAUUAAUAAAUUUAUAAUUUAUGGUACAAUAUAUUAGUAUUUGUAUUAAAUACCUAAGUAGUAAAUUAAUUUAAUUGUAGUACAUUUUUAUUUAUAAAGUUUUUUUUUUGUUUUAGGAUUCCAAGCACAUAAUUAAAUAAAAUCCUUGCAAUAGAAAUUUUUUUUUAAAUAUUUUUGCUGAUCGUAAUUUUUUAAGCACGUUUAUUCCAGAGAUAGUUUAUAGAUCAUUUUUUGGAAAUUUUUUUCUAAGCUCUAAUUAUGAGACUCAAGUUCCUAAAAAAUAAUUAGUUUUUAGUUGACCUAAUAUAUAAUAUAAAAUUUAAAUUUAUUAUCAAAGUUAUCAUAUCUAUUUAGUUGUAUUAGAUAAUAGAACGUAUACCUAAUCAUAUAAAAUAAAUAAUACAUGUUUUAGGUAUUUUAUUUUUGUUUGAGAAAAAUAACAUUUAUAAAAUUAUAAUUUAUGUAAACUUUGUCAUUGAAUUUUAAAGUUAUAUUAUUUUCAAGAAUUUUCAUUUAUAAUUAUAUUUUUUGUACUUAUUACUUAAUUAACAUGGGUAAAUCUUGUUUAUUCUUUUAUUAGUAAAUUGUAUAAUAAGUUACAAAUUACAAUGUAAUAGUUGUCCAUGAAAGCAUUCAAAAAAAGAUUUAGUUUUGUAUAACCUUGACCAAUAUUUUAACACAAUUUGGAAGUAUUUGUUUAUAUUUUUAUUAAUGUUCUUGAAAUUAAAUAAUUAUAUUAAAUUAAUUGGAUAUAUGUAAAGUUUAGAGGUUUUUCUAUUAAAAUAUUAGUUUUUAUAAGCAGUUUGUCAUGAGUUGAUAAAAAUGAUUUUUAAGUAUUUAACUUUUUUGAAUUUAAUAUUAAAAUAUAUUCUUGAGAAAGCCUAAAUAUCUAUGAAUUUAAAUAUAAUAGGUAUCUAUAUAUUUUUUCUUGGAAAUAUGAUUUAUAGUAUUACUAAUUGUAUUACAAAUUAAAAUACCUUAACCAAUAUUAAUUUUAUUAUUCAUUAUAGUAGGUAAACAUUUUAAUUUGAAUAUUGAUAAAUAAUAAUAUUUAUAACUUUUAUCAUAAAUAGUUAAUCAUUAAACUAAGAACUUGUCUAAUACAGUUGGGCGCAUAAAUAUAUUUGUAUACAUACACUUGUCUUUGGGAAAAGUAAUUUAAUGAAACCUGUUUAAUUGCACUGAAUUGUUUUUAAAACUAAUUGCUUUUACAAUAUACAAUUUAUUUAUUAAAUAACUAUCUUUUUUUUUCCCAAGUGUUAUUAUUGUAGGUAUACACCUAAUUAUUACAUCAGUGUAUUGUUCCAAAUUCAACUUUCCAAGUUUUACUGUAAAAAUUAGUUGAAAUGUUAGGUUAUCAAUAAGGUUUUACUUUGCUUGUUGCAAACUAUUAUGUAAUAUUACUAAUAUUCUAUCUCCAUUGGCAAGUAUGUAUGUUGCAUACAUGAUCAUAUAAUUUUUUUUAAACUUCAUUUAAUGUGUAUGCUACAUAACCACAUAGAUAUAUACAUUUUAUCUCUAUUACUCUUAUCUGUUUUUCAAAUGUUCAUAAAUAUAUAAUAAUUGGUAUCAUAGUUUUCAAAAACACAAAAUUAGUAUACCUAACUUGAUAGCCCUGGUAUUUUAUAAAAAUAUAUACAUAUAUAUAUAUAUAUAUUACCUAAUGAGUUAUAGUAGUAUUAUAAAUUAGUUUUUACUGUAUGAAAAGAAAUUGGAUAACAAUUUUAAAAAGGUAAACUUUUAUUUUAAAUUUAGAUGUGUGAAAAUUAUAGAACUGAAAAGAAAACAUUUGAAUGAUCUUAAAUUAACUUUAUAACCUUUAUUGCUUAGAAUUUAGAAUUAUUUUUAAUAAAUACACAAUUUUACUAUGUUUGAGACACAUUUAAAUGUACAAUUGUCAAAAAUCAAUGGUAUCUUCAUAUUAUUAUAUAUUUGUUUUCAUUAAAAUGUAUACUAUCGGGAAGUGUAUUGGGUUAAAACAUGAUUAUUUUAUGGUGCUUAAUAAUAUGACUGAAAUAUUUAUCUAUUGUAUUAUCACAAGUUAUUCUAUUGUUAUUAUAAAAAUACAUUUUUUUUUCAGAAUUGCCCGCUGAAGAAGGUAAGAACACAAUCAAUUAAUUAUACAUAGUUUUUGAAUUGAAAUUUAUAUUUGAUUAUACUCACUUAAACUACUUAAACAUUAAAUAACCGCGGUUAAAAUACUUUUUUUUUAUCGUUUAAACCAUUUGUAUUUGAAAUAAUUCUUAUAUAGUUAAACAAAUAAAAAUUAUCACUUUUUUUAUAUUAAUGGUCUUUAAAAAUAAUUAACCUCUACAUUUGAAAUAAGUGAAUAAGGUUUUACAAUUAAAUUGUUUUUAAAUUUUUAAGCUUGAUGUUUAAGUUAAUUUUUAUAAUAGAUCAGGAUGUUCACUAAUUACCACACAAUCACAAAACAUAAAAUAGUUGAAAAUCAAAAUACUUAUCCUAGAAAAAUAGACUAUAUAUAAAAUGCAAUAGAUCUUAUUUUACAUAAUACAACCAUUAGAAUAAUGUUUAGCUUAAAGUUUAUUAUUUUUAUAGAGUAUAAUAUAAAACAUGUGUAUAACCAAAAUUUUAGGCAAAUCAAUUUGGCAACUUAUCCUCGAACAGUUCGAUGACCUACUAGUUAAAAUUUUACUAUUAGCUGCUAUUAUAUCUUUUGUAAGUAAUAUAUUUUUUACUCAAAUGUAUUUUAUUCAUUAUCUAACUUUUUUUUUUUUAUAUAGGUAUUAGCAUUAUUUGAGGAACACGAUGACCUAAAUGAAACACUUACAGCUUUUGUGGAACCAUUUGUUAUAUUACUUAUUUUAAUAGCUAAUGCUGUAGUUGGAGUAUGGCAGGUAAUUAUUUUAAUUUUUGACUACUCAGUUAUAUGUGCAUGUGGGUUUAAAUCUUUAAUCAUACGAUUUUCAAAUUAUUUGAUAGUCUACUGUUGUAUUAAAUAUUAAUAUGAUAUGAGUAUUAUCAACUUUUAAUAGUUAAUAAAUAAAUAGAAAAAUUUUAACAAUUAGACUUUUUUAAUUAUUAGUUAUAGUAUUUAGCACAAAACAUACUUAAUUAAUUGAUAGUACCUACUAGCUAUUGUGUUAAAUGUCGAAGUUCUCAAAAUAAUUAGCCUUUCUGGCUAUAUUUCAAAGUAUUAAAGUAAUUAAUAAAUAAUGAUAUAAAUAACUUCUGGCAAAAUGUGUUUUAGGUAGGUGUUAAAAAAUUAAUAAAAAUUCAUUACAAUCUAUUCAAUCGAUUGUUAUAAUUAGAUAUUUUAUUGUUCUAAAUAAAUAAGGAAUUUGAAAAUCUCUUUUGUUUGUAUGUAAAAACUUUUUAGUGGCCCUGGCAGUUGAUGAUUGAUAUAUAAUUUUGGCUCCAUAUUAAAUUAAUUGGCAUUAGUAUCAUUCACCCACAGAUUUUUUUCAAGCACGCACUUAGUGAAGUAUUUUAUUAUUUUCUUGUACUAAAAGUGCAGGCAUUCAUUUUUAGAACUAUGUUGGUUGGAUCUCUGUAUUAAGUUUCAUUAAGUUUCUUAUCUAUUAAUUUUUUGUGAAAAUUUAGAGUAAUCUCAUUUGGCAUAAAAAAUAUACCUAUCAUCUGUAACAAUUGAUCUAGCUCAUGUGCUAAAUUAUUAUUUUAAUACAAAUAAACUAAGAGUAUCUAAUAGUUUUGUUUUUCUAUAAUUUAUCUUUUGUAUUUAUUUAUAAUUCUCAGGAACGAAAUGCAGAGUCAGCCAUUGAGGCACUUAAGGAAUAUGAACCAGAAAUGGGUAAAGUUGUCAGAGGUGACAAAUCUGGUGUACAAAAAGUCAGGGCGAAAGAAAUUGUACCUGGUGAUGUUGUAGAAAUAUCUGUGGGAGACAAAAUUCCUGCUGAUAUUAGGUUAAUUAAAAUUUAUUCGACUACUUUGAGAAUUGAUCAGUCCAUUUUGACAGGAGAAUCGAUUUCUGUAAUAAAACAUACAGACGCUAUUCCAGAUCCAAGGGCUGUGAACCAGGUUGGUAUUUAAUAAUUUAAUAAUAAUAAUAUUGCAUUAAUAAAUAACCUAAUUAUUUUUUUUGUUUUAUUUUAGGACAAAAAAAAUAUUUUGUUCAGUGGUACAAAUGUUGCGGCUGGUAAAGCUAGGGGUAUUGUAAUGGGCACUGGAUUAAAUACUGCUAUUGGUAAAAUCCGAACAGAGAUGAGCGAGACUGAAGAAAUCAAAACACCUUUGCAACAAAAAUUAGAUGAAUUUGGUGAACAACUCAGUAAAGUAAUUUCAAUCAUUUGUGUUGCUGUCUGGGCUAUCAACAUUGGUACAUAGUUACAUCUAAUUAUUUAUUUAUUUAUUAUUAAUAUUUUUUAUAUAUUACCUUAAAUACUUAUACUGACUCAUGAUUUACUUUAUAGGUCAUUUCAAUGACCCCGCCCAUGGUGGAUCUUGGCUCAAGGGGGCAAUCUACUAUUUCAAAAUUGCUGUCGCCUUAGCUGUAGCUGCCAUUCCAGAAGGUUUACCAGCUGUUAUCACUACUUGUUUGGCUUUAGGUACCCGUCGUAUGGCUAAAAAGAAUGCAAUUGUCAGAUCGUUACCUUCAGUUGAAACCCUUGGUUGUACAUCUGUUAUUUGCUCUGACAAAACUGGUACAUUAACCACAAAUCAAAUGUCUGUUAGCAGGUAAAAAAAAAAAAAAAACAACUUAUUUUAUAAAAGUAUGCCUUGUCUUUAUAAUUUAACUAUUUCAAUAGGAUGUUCAUUUUUGAAAAUAUCGAAGGAAAUGACAGUUCAUUUACUGAAUUUGAGAUCACAGGAUCAACUUAUGAACCAAUUGGUGAAGUAUUCCUUGAUGGCCAAAAAGUCAAAACUUCAGAAUAUGAAGCAUUAAAUGAAAUGGGAACAAUUUGUGUGAUGUGUAAUGAUUCAGCUAUUGAUUUUAACGAAUUCAAACAAGCUUUUGAAAAGGUACACAUAGUAAGAUGAUCCUAAUGUUUAACAUUUCAUAAUUUUUAAAUUAUUAUAGGUUGGUGAAGCCACUGAGACUGCUCUAAUAGUAUUGGCAGAAAAAAUGAAUCCAAAUAAUGUUUCUAAAAUUGGAUUGGACCGCAGAACAACAGCCAUUGUUGUCAGAAAUGAUAUUGAAACCAAAUGGAAGAAAGAAUUUACACUGGAAUUCUCUAGAGAUCGUAAAUCUAUGUCUUCUUACUGUGUUCCUAUUAAACCUAGCAAACUGGGAACCAGCCCCAAAUUGUUUGUUAAAGGAGCACCAGAAGGUGUUCUUGAAAGAUGUUCUCAUGCCAGAGUUGGCUCUCAAAAAGUAAUUGUUUUGAUUUUAUCUAUGUGUAAUUGUUAUUAAACAUCUUGAUCUUGUUAAUUAAGGUUCCUUUGACAAAUGCACUCAAGAACCGUAUCCUAGAAUUAACCCGUAAAUAUGGUACUGGACGUGAUACCCUCCGUUGUUUAGCUCUUGCUACUGCCGAUAACCCAGUUAAACCAGAACAAAUGGACUUGAAUGAUUCAAAUAAGUUCUAUACAUAUGAAGUAAAUUUGACUUUCGUUGGAGUAGUUGGUAUGUUAGACCCUCCUCGUAAAGAAGUAUUUGACUCAAUCCAGAGGUGCAGAGCUGCUGGUAUAAGAGUUAUUGUUAUUACUGGUGACAACAAGGUUUGCAUUUUAUAGAUUUACCUUUACAACUUAUAUAUACUAAUUGGUGUGUUAAUUUCUAGGCUACUGCUGAAGCUAUUUGCCGUAGAAUUGGUGUAUUUACUGAAGAUGAAGAUACAACUGGAAAAUCAUAUUCAGGACGAGAAUUUGAUGAUCUCUCUUUGGCUGACCAAAAAGCUGCUGUAGCUAGAGCUCGUCUGUUUUCUCGUGUAGAACCUGCUCACAAAUCUAAAAUUGUUGAAUACUUACAAAGCAUGAAUGAAAUUUCUGCUAUGGUAAAUUUUUAAGUUCAAUAUUUUUAAGCAAAAUCAACCUAUAUAAUGCAUUAUAUGUAAUCUGUAUUUUAGACUGGUGAUGGUGUGAAUGAUGCUCCAGCGUUAAAGAAAGCUGAAAUUGGUAUUGCUAUGGGUUCUGGAACAGCCGUUGCUAAAUCAGCAUCAGAAAUGGUAUUAGCUGAUGAUAACUUCUCAUCUAUUGUGGCUGCAGUUGAAGAAGGCAGAGCUAUUUAUAACAACAUGAAACAAUUCAUCAGAUAUUUGAUUUCAUCCAAUAUUGGUGAAGUUGUUAGUAUUUUCUUGACUGCUGCACUUGGAUUACCUGAAGCUUUGAUUCCUGUACAACUUUUGUGGGUUAAUUUGGUUACUGAUGGUUUACCAGCUACUGCACUUGGUUUCAAUCCACCUGAUCUUGAUAUCAUGGACAAAGUAAUGAAAAAUUAAUUUGAAUGUUUUAAUUUAAAAUAUGUGUAUUUUUUACUCAUGGUCUAUUUUUGUGAAGCCUCCACGUAAAAGUGAUGAAGGUUUGAUUUCUGGCUGGUUGUUCUUCCGUUAUAUGGCUAUUGGUGGAUAUGUAGGUGCUGCUACAGUUGGUGCUGCUGCAUGGUGGUUUAUGUACUGUGAAGAUGGACCACAAAUUUCUUAUUAUCAACUGGUAUAAUGUUUAAAAUUAAUAAUAUUAAACUAAAAUUAACUAACUUUUUUUGUUAGACUCACCAUUUAUCUUGCAUAAGCGGUGGAAAUGAGUUCAGAGGUCUUGACUGUGCAGUAUUCCAUGAUCCUCAUCCAAUGACAAUGGCUCUCUCUGUAUUGGUCACAAUUGAAAUGUUGAACGCAAUGAACAGGUAUGUUAGAUUAAUUUUCUUUAAAUUUUUUAUAAAAAUUAAAUAUAAAAAAUAUAAUUUUUAGUAUGAAUUUAUGGUUUUUUUUUUGUUUUUUUCAUAGUUUAUCAGAAAACCAAUCUUUGAUUAGUAUGCCACCAUGGUCGAAUUUGUGGCUUAUUGGUUCCAUGUUGUUGUCAUUUACUCUUCACUUUGUUAUUCUCCAUGUUGACUUCUUAUCGGUUUGUUAAAAAAAACAAUACUUUUUACAUUAUAUUUCAGUAACUCAAAAUGUAUGAGUUCUUUGUAUAAAUCGAUCUUUUUUUUAAUUUUCAGACUGUGUUCCAAGUUACUCCACUUACCUUUGAUGAAUGGAUUACAGUAAUGAAGUUCUCUAUACCUGUAGUACUUUUGGAUGAGACUUUGAAAUUUGUUGCUCGCCGGUUCACUGACGGUAAGAGCGUUAUCGCAACGGUGUGGGGUAUCGUGCUCAUGUGGUCCGUGUUUUUCGCCAUCAUCGUUUACGGACCCUUGUAAUGGACACAAGAAGGCCACCGUCCUUUAUGCUUCUUUUCCCCAAAAAAUUAUAUUUGAAAAAACACAUUCUGAUACAUGUACAAAAAAUUUCUCUGGCAAUUAAACAAUUUUUAAAUUAUUUUUUCUUUGCUUUUUCGUAUUGUGACACAAAAUUAAGACUGAAAAAAACUAACCCACCCCCUUAAGUAAAAACCAAAAAUAGAAAUUUGAUUGCCUUUAACACAUUGUUUUUAUUAUAGUUAAUUUUUAGAAAUGCUCUAUUAGAGACAUCUAACUCUUUGUAAGCUUGUAGUAAGCCUCAACAGAAAAGAAAAUCAUGUUUAAUUUUAAGAUGUUCAGCAUUUAUUGUUGGGUAAGAAAAUAGUUCUAAAAUAAUGUGUUUGGCGUGCCUUUGGUCCAGUGAUUUUUAUGCAUAUGGUAAGGUGUGUUUAGAAUAAUGGACGAAUCGUUUGUGAUUUAUCACUGCCAAUAAGAUGUUUUAUACUUGUAUUUUGUAUUAAUAUUAUUAUUUUUUCAUUUUUCAAAAAUUAACAUCUGGUGUGUGAUUUAAAUUAAUGUGUUAUAAUGCUUAAAUUACAUGCAAAUUAUAUUUGACCCAACAUCAGUUUGCACAUAAUUAAUAUUACUUUUCAAUCCAUUAGGUAAUUUCUGAACUUUUUAAUUUACAAUAAACAUUAUAAUAUAGUGUGUGGGUACAACAUAUCGGUCUAAAAUUUUGUACUAUUAUAAUAUAUAGAUAUAUGCAUUUGUUUAGUUUUAAUAAAUAUAAUUUAGUAAUAAAUUUAUAUGUAUAGGCUAUUCAAAAUGUGCGAUUUAUCAUUGGUUAAAGUAAAUUUUGAAAAAUGUUGUAUUUAUUAAAUCUACUUACUAUGUAGUAUAUAUAUAUUAUAUUAUACUAUAGUAUAGUAUGAUGCAGUAAAAUAUAAAAACAUCAUGCUGUGGGAUAGAAUUAAAUAUUAAAAUAAUAAUAAAUCGCAUAUUUAACAUUUCUAUUCUAUGAUCUAUUAGUUAUCUAUGAAUGGUGUUUUUAGUCAACUAUUAAAAUAUAAUGCGGUCAUUAAUAUUUUUACACAUUUAUACAAUAAGGUAUUUUAAACGAUUUGAUAACACCAAAAUUAUAGGCCUUAAUUUAAAGAAUGUAUUAAUUUAUAUAACUGCAUUUUUUUUUAUAUAUAUAUAUAUAUAUUUUAUAGAUUUUUUUUCAACAGAUCUUAUAUUCUGUUAAUCUAGUAAAUUGUUUUUUUUUUUUUUUUUUUUUUUUUUUUUCUUAACAAUUUGGUAUUAUCAAAAAUUCAGGAUAGUGUGUAACAAAUUUGGGUAUACUUUUUCUAAAACAAUUCUUUUUGUAAGCUUUUUUUCAAUCAUUCCAUUUUUUUCUUUCUAAUCUAUUGAAUUCAAAUGGGUGGGUAAAUUUUUAAGUAAUACAGAAUAAUUGACGAGUCAUUGUAUAUUUCCAUUACAUUUUUAUUGAUAUAAUUUAUACUUUUGUCUUGAUAUUAAUUAAAAUAAUGCAACAAUUAAAUGUUGUAUUAUUGUGCCAAUCUAAAUUGUUAACAGUCUAUUUCAAAUAGCAUACAACAAUAAAAUAUAGAAUGUAUACAAUGAGUAAUAAUUAUUUUAAAUAAAAAUAAGUACAAAAUUAUUUUUAUAUGCAUAAAAGUCAUCAAUUUCAAAAUAAUUUAUUUUGUCCCAGUCAAUCAUUCUGUAUUUUAAAGUAAAUUCAAAUAUCCAAAUUUUUUUUAUACAUUUACCUAUUAUUAAAAUAUUAAUAUUCUACUAGUAGUUAAUUAGAAACACAUUUGUAAAUAUGUUUGUUUGUUUAAAUAUUACAAUUAACAAUAAAACAUUUGAUUAUUGUUUUGUUAAAUAAAAAAAACUUAAUGAAAUCUUUUCAUGCCUUUAAUGCAAACAUAUCACUGGUGGAAUUUUCUUAAAGAUCAUCAGUAAUCCUCGUAUAUGUCUGGAAUUUAUCGCACUUUUGAUGUCUUAUCUAAUAAUUAAGCUUGUGUUAGGUUUUGUCACAACAGGUGAUUACUGGUGGUCAUGUCAUAAGACAUGAUAUACACCAAAUUAUUACGCUGCACCAACUCGCUUUAUUUUAAUUCACACGUAAUGAUUUAAAACAACAAAAAACAGUUCCAGCGUAAUCAUACUAAAUUUGGGAAUGAUCUCGUAUUAUCAAUUCGGUGUAAUAAAAAAAAAAAACAACAAGCCACAUUUUUGUGACUGUACAAUUAAAUAAAAGUCGACCGAUCGUGUAGUGCUAUUGCUGCUCUCUCCACUUAACAAACUAUUGAAACGGUUAACCCCGAGAUCGUUCCCUGUGCGUGCGUAAGCCUAGGAAUAAACCUAGAACACACGCCUGUACAAUUUAAUGACGUUUAUAAUAAUUAUAUUUUUAUUUUUUUUUUCAUUUAUUUACCGUGUGAAGCUUCUUUAACAACUAAUAUCGUUCAUAAAAGUUCAGCGUGGUGUAAUUGUAUUAUAAUAUUAUUAUAUAAUAUGAUGAUGAUGUUGUUGUUUAUCCGCGUGAUGAAAUAUAUAACUUAUAGGUUCGCAAUCGACUAUAGCCCGUUAUUAUGAUAUCGACGGUCAAAAAGUAGAACGGGACAACGGGAUGCCGGCGGGCAAACCGCACGCCGAAUAAAAAUAAAUGACGUUUUUUUUUUGAAGUUUGUCCACCCCCCAACACCCACCCCUUUUCGUCCGUGUACGCGCGAUUUUAUGAUUUCGUGUCGCGGUAAAAUGCAACCACCGCCGUCGACCAAUGUUUGUUUGUUUGUACGUUUGUUUUUUUUUUUUUUUUAAUUAUUUAUUUAGAAGUAGUAGUAGUUUUUAAUUUCGUUUUUUGUUUUUAUUAUUAUUAUUAUUAUUAUUAUGUGUACAUAGUAUUAAUACAAUAAUAAUAUAUUAUAGCGUGAGUGAUUUUUUUUUUUUUUUUUUUUUUAUCAAUUACGCGGCACAUAAUUCACGCGUUAAGACCGAAUAUAUAUAUAUAUUAUUAUCGGAUUAUGUAUUCGCGAUUAAUACGGACGUUAUUAUUUGUUUGUUUUUUUUUUUUCCUCUAGUAUAUUUAAUUUUUACAUUUUGACUAUUGAGUAAAUAUUAUUAAUUACCUGUAACGUUUAUUGUAGACGCGUAGUGUAACGAUAUUAAUCGAUUGUGCUUGCCGCUUAUUUUUGUCCGUAAAAACGUAUUUCGACGCCAGUCGCACAUUUUACACACAUCAUUCCUCCCGUUUUCUCCGUGUCUCUCUCGCUCACUCACUCACUCUCUCUCACUCUCUCUCUCUCUCGGAUUUAAACACAAUUAUCUAUUAUAAUAAUAAUACCGUCCGCUUUUUUUUAUUAUUGUUUACCGUGUGUUUCGUUCGCGCAAUCGGAUCGCAAUCUAUUUGACACGAUAAUAUAUUUUUACGGCGUGUCCAUAUUAUAGUGUCGUACGCUUUCCCCCUACACCCCCCCCCCUCCCGGACAUGACGUUUUCGUAAAAAGUGCGUUAAUUUUAGACGAACGUAAGCGAAUUCUUGUAGAAAUAUUGCACGCUGUAGUUGAGUUUUUUUUUUCUUAUCGAUUUCGCCCGCGGUAGAAUGUUAUUGUUAAUCUAAUUCAUUUUUUUUUUUUUUUUUGUAACGCGUUUAUGUAUGAUAUUUUAUUCGAUACGAACGGCAUUUCUAGCAGUUCUUGUCAAAUAUCCGGCGUUUCGUUCGAACCCCCGUUUUAAGGAAUAACGAAAUAUUUUCUAUGUUCGCGAAUGCUAUACGAGAUAUUAUGUAUCGGUAACUGUACGUCCUCCUCCCCCAACCCAUAGGUACACGUCCGGUGCGUAAAAUUCAAAGGAAAAAAAAUCCCGGUGGUUUACGAUACUUUGCGCGCCCUAUACACACACACACAUAAUAACAUAACAUAUCACGAUUAGUUCACAAUAAGAGUACUUUCAAAAACACAAAAUCUCAAUGAUUUUUACUAUAAUAUAAAAUAUGCGUACGCCUCUAAUGUAUAUUGUUGAAUUGUUUGUUAAUGUUUAAUCGUACGUGAUUUUAUAAUAAUAUAAGAUUCAAAUUUAUUCUCGUAAUUUUUAUGUUAACAACGCAAUAACUACUGUUACCGCAGGGAAUCUAGUGGAUUUGGCUGGACAAUUUUUUUGGUAAAUUGAUUUCAAACGACCAGUAAAACCCCCCCCGAGUAACGCGAUAAAAUCGCCCGAUUAUAUAUUGUUCCGUCGAAAACGGCCAAAAAAAUCGUCCGGCUAUGUUUCGCUCCGUUCGUAGUUAUUCGUAAUCUAAUGUGUAUACUACACGACUCCGAAAUGCUGUGAAAAUACGCGAUUUCGUCCGAACAUCCGUAAAUGUAUGUUUGAUAAAAUAAAAAGAAAAAUUAUUACGAUAAAUAAAACGGUUUUUCGGUCAAUAACAAUUGCUCGUUGUUAUUAUUGUUGUUAUUAUUAUUAUUAUUAUUAUUAUUAUUAUUGAUGCCGGGAGUGGUCCGGAUUAACGGUUAUUAAUUUAUCUGUUUACUCUGCGUGUUGUCGCGUCUCGCCGGGAUUAACCGCGUCGACGGCGAAAUCGCCGCGAACCCGCCGGUAUUUUUCGGCGGCCUUUUAACAUUUUUCCCCUCCGCCGACCCGGCGGUUAAAUGACGACGACUCUCGGGUCGUGUCGUUUAUCCGUCUCUAUGUCUCUCCGAAACCGCCGACCGUAACGUCUACCCGGACAAUGUUCAUUCGAUUACCGCGGCGGCGGCGUGUCGUCGAUGCGCGAACAGCGGAAACGCGCCACACCGGUGUACAACACGCGCGUGCCGUGAGACGUCCGUAAUUCGUCGCAGUGGCGGCGCGAGAUGUUUUUACGUAUCGCCACCGCUGACCAAUUGUCUGCGACCCGGCGCGUAAAGUUCGGAGGGGCCCCCGUCCGCGUUCCUCUGCCCAAGUCCCGCGGCGGCACUGAAAAAAACAACCCCCGACUUCGCGCCGCCGCCGCCGAUUUAUCGUACUGAAUCGUUGCGUGUUACGGCAAUUACUCGUGGGCGCGCGAACGUUUCGCGGGCGGGAUCGGUUUAAGCCAGUGCCGAGCACACACAUUCAGUCCGGAUUCGCUUUGUUGGAAAUUUCAAAUCAAAUAUUCGCGGACAAAGAUUUGAAAAAAAAAAAUAUAUCGUUACGCGACUAGAAACUAUUCAUGUGCGUUGAUAUUCGUAAUUGUGUUUAAUACUCGGAUUGACCCGUCGAACUUUUGCCCGGCACCGGUUUAAGCACCUCCCGUAAUGUCGAUUUGAAAAAAAAAAAAAUAAAUAAAUAAAUACGCGUAUUCAAAGUAUUUACUUGACAAGUUUGGGAGGGGGGAGGUGGCUGAACACUCCGAACCUUCUCCCCGUAUUGUGACGACAAUGUAGUACUUGCUCCUAACACGAAUUUUUUUUCGAUUCGUUGCGUUACAAUAAGCCGCCGUAGUGUUUUUUUUUUUUUUUUUUUUUUAUUUAGUCGGUUUUAUUCACUAACAAGUUUUUCGUUAUUGGACAUACCUAACAGUAUAUUUUGUAAAACAUUAAUAACCGCCGUGCGAAGAAACCGCGGGGCUGUCUGUCAACACAGCGAAUGUAUACAACAACAGGUACACACUCCGCGUACCCUACCGCCGAAAAGAAGCCACUCAAAGGUAUGUAUGUUAACGCUUUUUUCUUUUUCAUUAAUAAUAUUUAAAUAAUCGCUGUGAACAGCGUAAUAUUCGUUUCGCGGUUUCGUACCGUAGAAACUAUAAAUCGGUCGCUAACGAUUGCGUGAAAUCAUUCUCGCUUUCGUCCCCCCGAGGAGAAGAACUGUUUUCCACUGGGCUACUCGGGUGAAACGGUGAAAAAACGCGGUUCGCUCGGAAUCUGUUGAAUCCUUUGAAACGAUUUUUCGACAUUCUUUGUGUAAACAGAGCACUCUAUCUUUGUCUUAUCCCUUACGAACACGCCGGCGGCAUUUCCCUCGGUCGUCGGAAUCCCGCGCCGGAUCCGAUUUCCAACAUUAUUAUAAACGUUGCCGAUUCGGUACGGUGUCCGCGGACCUUUGUGACCCGAGACGAAAAAAUCUCACUACUACUACAAUGGCGGCCUUAACGCGAUACGAUUCGAAUUCGGCCGGGCGUGUCGAUUCAAAACGAACCAACGAGAACUGCAUUAACAUCCUUAUAAUGACGAAUGCCGGUAUGUAACAGUCUCUUGUAUUCCGCAUCAACGAUUAUCAUUCCGUUGUUUUUUUUUGACCGUGGCAUUUUCUCUGUCCACAAACGGACACGCGGUUGAUUCCGUUAGACUCCCGGUAGCGUGAGAUUUUGCUUAGUAUGUUGCUACUGGAACGCGGACAGUAGAUUUUGUGAGAAAAUAUUGAAUAUAGUGAAGGGUAAAAAGUAACCGAGGAACGUCGAACAGUACAGUACAGACGUGAAGGUCUCGUCAAUCUGCACACGGAGUGUUUGUUUGUUUUUUUUUUUUUUAACGGAGGGCGCGCAGUGGACAAUCGGAAAUCGUCAAAUGUUUCGGUCCACUGUCUUCUCUCGAUCGCCUUUUUCGGCACGCGGGCGUUAGGUGUACUGUGGGUAAGUGAACCCCCCACAGGAUUUAUGAUACCGCGUACACUAGUCGCUCGGCAAUUCGAAAAACUCUAUAAAUCGGACUAAACGCUUGGUGGUUCCCCGAGAAAACCUCCAUAAUUAGAAGAAAGUACGUACAUGUAUUCCGGUCCUCUCGGUAAUUCCGAAUUAUUAUGCCUGUCGGCGAUGGGAGGCACUCGGCAAUUCGAAAUUUUUCGUCACAACCUGUACCUAGUCGAAUUUCUCAAUUACUGUAAGCACGUGUACAAGCGCAACAAUUAAUUCAUCUGUAACGCGUACGCAACAAUAUAUGUUAUACUCAGAUGCUCGACGCGCAAACAAAUUUUCACCUCCCUUUAAUUCGGAUCGAUCGGUUUUUUCCCCUCUCGUUUUUUAUUCGAACACUGUCGGUGAAUCGAAAACCUCUGUAGAUCGAAGUAUUUUAGAUCGGUGCCACGGAAAUUUCGAAUUGCCGGGUGACUGCGCCGCGGCCGUAGACGUGGAACGCGCGCGCCCGACGGCGAAACGCACGCCAAUAACAAUACACGCGCGUCGGUCGUGCGGCGCGUUUCUCGUGACGGACGGGCGACUUUCGCGACGGGGUUCGUGCGUUUUUUGUCCGGGGGGUCGAAAAUGACCCGCGGGCGGAAAUAUCAUCGCCGGGAUCGCUGUGCAGGGGCGUCGGAGUGCCGAAGCUAUUCGUUUUUUCCCCUCGAAAUCAAUUCACCGCCGUCGUGGCGCAAUAUUAUUGUUAUUGGGUUCUCGGCCGCGGUAAAAAAAAAAAAAAAACCGAAAGAAAAACGCCGCGCGCGGAGACAGCACACGAGUUCUUUUUCCGUCCCGGCGCGCGCGCACAGUUUCGCGUCCGCGGCGGUUUCGUUUUGUUGGCAAUGACCCGUCCCGUUCGACAUUCAGACGACGACGAUAUUUCUAUCGACACUGCCAACGCGUUUUUGCAGGGGCUGGGGCCGAGAACGGACGGAAGCUCCCGUCGCGCGUUAAAAAUACCGCUGUUUUUUUUUUUUUCUACCGUGCGUUUUCCUCAUCGCCGUGACGUCUCUACACGCGAAAUAUUAAGUAGCACAUUUAUGUUGUUGUUGCGCCUGCCGUCCGGGCGCGCGCGCCGUUUUCAAUGUCGUUUCGGCGAACAAAAAUAAAACCGCGCGUUAAUAAAUGUCGUGUAACGGCCGAGAUUGUCCGUUUGCCGAAAAAUAAAACAAGUCGCCGCCGCGUAAAAAUAACAACGAUAAAACGAUGACGAACCGACGGAGAACGGUCGUUGGCCCGGGCGUGUAUUUUCAACGGACCCUGUCCCGAGUACGGGCCGAAACGUAACCGCGCCCGAGAGUGCCUAGGGUUUUCGCAAAACUUGACCUACUUGGCCCGGACACCGGGGCGUUUUUUUUUUUUUUUUUUUUUCUAUCGAAUGCCGACCGCGCGUCCGUUGUGUUCCCCUCGUCGUUAAAAAAAAAAAAAAAAACCAAACAAACAGAUAAACCGAUUAAUCGCCCGCUUAGCUUUUGGACAUUAUUCAGUUACACCCGUCCAGUGAGAGUAUUUCCCGCAUAAAAUAAUGGCGUCCGGGGCACGCGGGCAAGGAGAAUCUUCCGAACCUGCUUUUGAAAAGAAUUCCCUGUCCGACAAUGCCCCCUCCCCCGACCCCGAGGAAACGCGCGUCCUACGCGUCGCGAAUGCCCUGUACCGCCGAACGGGCGACAAUACGCCGCGGGCGCAGGGAAAACGGAAAACGUUAACCUACCCGUUGUUGGUUGGUCCGAACCCGAUGCCACAAUGAAGUCGGCGCGCAAAGUGUAACCCGGAACCGGACCGACGACGAAAAAUCGGGACGGGCCGGGCAGUGAACUCCGCGUGCGGUCUGUAAACGCGCGGCUGCUGGACAGUGGUCGCGGUUUUCCGGGGGAGACGAGUCGGAUCCGUCCGCUCGGACGCGCGUUUUCCGGGUUUUUCUCGCCGAUAUAUUUCGUCGUCCGCGGGUCGUCUGUUUAACGUCAACCCCAGACUACCGCGAACUAUCGGAAGACGUGAUUCGCGUUCGCGUCGUUUCGAACACAAACCCGUCUUUUUUUUUUCCAGCGAAAUUAACCGCGGGAAUCGGUGGGUAAUUUAAAAGCCGGAUCCUAAAAAAAUGACGUUUUCCAAUCAAUAUUAUGUCAUGGUUUUUUCUCGUCACUUGACCGAAAUACGUGCGUUUCCCGCAUUAGGUGACUCGUAGUUUUCGUAUUUCGGGGCCAAUGGGAUGGGUAGAUACGACCACCCGAGUCUCUCCCCCCCCCCGCGCACUCCGCACUGUACGGCGUUGCGACGUUUGUAAUAGUCGUUCAGAGGUUUGAAACAGAUUUCACGCGGAUCCAAUAGAUUAGAUGAGAACGGCGAGAUUUACGAAACCAAUAAUAGUUCUCGUUAAAACCAUCGCCGGAUGGAAACUCGUGAGAUUACGUUUCCCGAAAAUUCCCCGCCCUCCGCGAACCUUUUUGAAUAUAUUUCGCGGGGGUUUCCCCCCCCGAGUUCAACAGUUCUACUUGAUAUUACGUUUAGAUAGGUGUGCCUAAUACGAACUAACAAACGUUUGGCGUCCCGCCGCCGUUUUAUUGCGCUUUCGGUACUUAAACCGGCGGUCCAAGUAUACACUUGUUUGUAGCGAUGUGAAACGAGAGAGUUCGAACAGUAACGAAAUACACGCUAUUAUUUUAUUGCCGGCCGAACGAUAAUUUUCGGUCGUGAUUAUUGUAUUUUUUUCGUAAAACCGUCCUAUUUGUGUUUUCAGUUUCCUUGUCGGUGCAACAGCAAUGGUGAAGAGGCCCCGGUCGCCCGUCGCGUGGACGCCGCACAACAGACACACGUCACAACACCCGAGAGGCGAACUUGGCGUACGCGUUCGAAAAAAAUUACAACAAUAGAAUUUCAACCAACACGACACGGGACGGCGGAAUACCAUCGCAACAACACGACGUGUAUAAGAUAAAAAAAAAAAAAAAUAGGACAAAAUUGAAAAACGCAAAAAAAAAAAAAAAAAAAAAAAAAACAAAUAUAAUAAUAAAAUAAUAACGUAGUCGGCGUAUAAUAAAAUCAUUAUUGUAUAAUAAAUAUAGUUAGACUGUUUAUUGGUUUAGGUAUAGACAAAGUACAAAACGAACAUAUAUUUUAAUAAAUUAUACGUCUUCUUCAAAUAUAUACAUAUAUAUAUAUAUAUUGUAUUAUUAUUAUUAUUAUUAUUAUUAUUAUUACAUUGUAUUAUUGUUAGCGUUGUUAUACCAUAUUAUUAUGAUAAAUAAUAAUGGAAAAAAAAAAAAAAAAAAAACAAAUAUAAUAAUAAAAUAAUAACGUAGUCGGCGUCAGUGCUGGUGUGUUAUUUGCGCUUGAAAAAUAAAAAUAAAAUAAUAACAGUAAUAAUAGAACGGGACGACCUGUUCGGGGAGUAGGGGUCCGUGCCUAUCAGACCCGAACGCGAUUUUAUUUGUUUUGCGUGCCGCCCUCAAGUGGCAUUUUUAUUUUUUGCGUCGUGUUACGGGCGUCCCGCCGCGUAAAACGUCAACGGCACACGAGCGCGCCCGAUCGCAUCCCAUCGUUUUCCGCAAACGCCGGACUUCCGUAAAAUUAGGUGCCCGAUAAUAUAAACCACAACAAUGUCUUCUUCCCGCUUGUUAUAACCGCCGUUUGUCACACGGUUGUCCCCUACAAAGUUGUCUGGUUCAACUUAUACCCGUGAGAAAAUCACCGUUGAUGUUGCGGAUAACGUUAUUUAUUGUUAAUACGAUAAAUGGCCGUUUUGUAUGAAGCGCGUGUAUUCAGGGUCCCGGCAAUCGUGCUGCCAUCAUACAUUAUUACUAUUUUUUUUUUAUAUAAACUGACCAUAUUAAUAUACAUCGUAUUUUCCAGUCAAAAAUGAUAAAUGUCACCUUUUUUUUUUUACUACGAGUACCUAACCAUCAUAUCGCUCUAACGACAAUUGGUAAUUUCCGUGAUGGCAUUCAUGUGUCAGGUCGCGAUGUACCGUAUGUGAUGUACACUUUCUAGCGAUUUCACGUAAAUACAAUACAGUUUUUGCAUCAUAGUAUUUAUGAUUAAAUGAUUUUAAAAUUCAACUAUACACUUCAAAAUCCACAGAGACAAAGUGGUAUUGAUACGUCUGAGUACAUAAAUACAUAUUAUUUUACACUAAUAUGUCAAUUCAUUGAAAAUAAACAAAAUAUUCAAGUUAAUAUAACAUAUUUAAUUCCAAUAAUAAUAAUAAAAAAAUGUUAAUAAUAAAGCUUAUAAUAGAUAUUAGAUAUUAUAGAAUAGCUUAUUGUCUUUUAUUUUGUUUCGCACAUUUAAAAAUAAUACUUAAUUUAUUUGUCAAUAACACAUUAAUAAUUAAUUUAAAAUAUAUUUUAUAUAGAACUAUAUAAAAAUAAAAAUAUUGUAAAAUUGAAAAAUUGUAUAAAUAAUAAAAACUUACCACAUAAUUAAUUGACAGAUCAUAAUUUUAUUUAUUUCUAAAAUAAUUGUGUAAAAACUAGUUUUUUAUGCUGGAAAUUUAACAUUUUCCUAGUACCAUAGCCAACAAGGCCAUUCUUACAUACAUACCAUACUCGGCUUGUCUAAAGUAUGCGGCUCUAGGAUCUGAAUCGAAUUCUGGACUGAUUUCGAAAACUCUGGGCAAUGGGUGCAUGACAAUCAUCUUGCGUUUUGCUUUGUUCAUCACUUCAGGAGUGACCACAAACAGGCCACAUGCAUUUUGGUAGCUACUAUCGUCAGGGAAUCUUUCUCGCUGUAUGCGUGUCAUGUAUAGUACAUCAGUCUUGGGUAGAGCUUCUUCGAGAGAAGAAAAGUUUUCUUGUGGAACACCCUGAGCAGCGACAAACUGGAUUACAGAUGUAGGCAUUCCCAGGUUUGGAGGACUCACGUACCGUAAAUUUACUUUAUAUAGAGUCAACAACCUAAAUGGAAAAUAGGGUUUAUUGGGUAAAAGAUAAAAUCAGACAAAUGUAUGAGUCAUUUCAAUAUUAUUUACCUAGCAAGGGAAUGUACAGUUCUGCCAUUUUUAAGAUCGCCGACUAAUGUAAUAGUCAGGCCAUUGACAGUACCAAUUUCUUCUCUGAUCGUAAAUAUAUCUAGUAACGCUUGCGUAGGAUGUUCUCCCGUUCCGUCUCCAGCGUUCAACAUAGGCUUACGACAAUGCCUAGCAGCAGUCUACACAAAUACACAAAGGCAAACCAUUUUGGAUAAUAAUAAUUAUAUACAAAUACCAAAUAUCUUACCCUAACUGCACCAGGUUCUGGAUGUCGCAUAACA